AUGUUCGAAAAUUCACAUACUAAUAAUUAAUUUUCAUUCCACUCUUCCAAUAAAUUCAAAAAAUUAACCAAAUUUGAUCCUCUAAUAAAAUAAAUCAACCAAGUUGUCCCUCAAAAUACUUCAAGAGGAAGAAGCUUUAAAUGCUAUUUAUUUAACGCAACUGCAGGAUAAUGCAAGUUUAGAAGGAAAACUUGCACAUGUACUGAUUGUGGAGGGACAAAUGCAUUCGUUGAAAAAUAGAAUGCUUUGUAACCCAUCACUUACAUAAGAGCUCAUCAUAUAAAAAAGAGAAAGAGGAAGAUGCAUCGCAAUAAAGGAGGUGGCAGACAUCUAUCAGCCAUGAUAACAAGAGUCCCCCUUAAAAUUGAGGAUAUUACGAGACUUAUUCCAAAGCGAAAGGAAAAAAAAGCAAAAACAUUACUCCAAAACUAAUUUAUCGAAUAAACAUUAUUAAAAUGCAAAAGACUAUUAACCAAAGAUGACUGUGCUAUUGGCUAUGAAUACUUUUUUGCUAACGAAUUGAAAAUUGCCUACUAAACGAAAGAAUUUUUAACCACUAGUACUUUUGAAAAGACUCCCAAGUAAAUAAAACAACAAAAUUUUGGAGUCACUGGAAGUCAAAAAACAAUAGAUGAAUCUCAAAUUAUCAGUGCUAAGAAUUUGAAUAUUAAUCAGAGUCAAGUCCUAAAUACUCAACUUCCUAGAGUAAACUAUAAAAUUAAACAAAAAACUUCACUCCACAGUCCUAGAGUCUAUCAAGACAUACUGUAAUCACACAAUCUUAAACCAAACAGGACUGUUGAUAAAUACAUAUCUCAAAGCACUCAUUGUUCACCAUCCAACAUCAAAUUGCCUUUGAUUAGUUAGAAGCAAGUAACCUAAACAACAAGAAAGAAGUCCAAUCAUACUUAUUUGAAAGGUUCUCCUUUGAAAUUAUUGCUUGAAUUAAAAUCAUAGAUUUUAUUAUAAAAAAAAAUGAGCAAAUAAUGA